UGGUGCGCAUCGACAAUAAGCACGCAUGGCCGAGCCGGCUCCAGCCCUGGACGAGGCCACACGCCUUGAGCGGCGGCGCAAACAAUGCCGUGUGAGCCAGCGGCGCUACCGCGACAAGAAGAGCUCGACCGAGUACAACCUCAAGCUGGAUAUCAACAGUCUGCGCGAGAGCGUGCAAUCGCUCAUGGGCCUGCGCGAAUUGCUAGAGACCAAGCUCUGGAGCUCCAAGCUAUCGCAGAAUGCCGCUGUUCUCAAAGCUGUGGAGCAAUACUAUGCCGUGUUCGAGCAAGGCUUGCACAACCCCGAGGCGGGCGGCGAGAACGUACGCAAGGGCUUCGAGAUGCAGCUGGACUUCCUCCGCGUCUUCCUGCACCCGAACGUGACGUUCGGCGACACGCAUGGGCUAAAGGAGUUGCUGGAGCAAUGGCACCGCUAUACGCAGUUCCACGCGUGGAUCGAGACUGGUUUCGUGUCGGCUGACGUCUUCGGCUCUACGAACUCGCCAGUGGUCGUGGCACAAGGCACGCUCACGGUGCAAAUGAACCGAGUGACACUCGAGAAGAUUUUCCCGCGUGCGCUUGAGGAGCCGGAGCUUUUGACCAUGCUUUUGACCCACGUGAUCGAGUACCAGACGACCACCACUUUUUCCUUCAACGAUCGCGGACAGGUCGAACGCAUGGAAUGGAUCGUGGAUUUCCUUGGCGGCAUUAGCAAUCUAUUCGGCAGCGCGAUUGACGCGUCGCGCGUACUGCAGGGCGCACUGCUCAGAGAAGGCUCCAAGCUCAGUGCGAGUGUGGAGGACGAUACCUCGGACGGUCGGCGGCAAUGCAGUAUGGUGGAGCGCGAGCUGGGCCAGGCCCGGCAAGGUGGUGGGUCUCGAGCAAGUCUGAGCUAUAUCAUGACCUGA